AUGGAACAACCCCUCGCGCGCCACCUGGCGCACGUCGCGCUGUCCGCCCUGAUCUACGCCUCCCUCGGCGUCGUGACCGUCCACCUUCCGGCCCUCGCUGCGCGCGCGCUCGCGCCGGGCCUCUUCCCACUGCGCCUGCGGCUGUUUGAUCCCGCGGCGCAGAUCCCGGCAGACAUGCUGCUGUUCCACGUGCUCAUACCGCUGGCCACUGUAGAGCACGAGCGCGUGCGCGGCGCGCUGCGCGGCGGGCUGCGGCGGUGGCUCGCCGCGGUGGCGGCGCCGCUGCGGCUGCAGGGCUACCUCCUGCCGCAGGCGGGGGACGGGGACGAGCACGCGGCGCCAGCGCCUGCGCAGCCGCCGGCGCUGGCGGCGGCCGUGGCGGGCCCGGCAGGGCUGGUGGGGCCGGAGGCCGCGGGGCCCGCGGGUGGCGCGGCCGCAGAGCUGCAAGGGCCGCCUGAGGCUGGAGCAGCCACGCGGGACGGGGGCGCGGCGGGAGGGGCACCUGACGGCGCUGACGCAGGGGCGAGUGGAAUAUCAGAGGAAGCGUCCACUUCGGGCGCCCAGGUUUUGGCGGCCGCUGCGCCGCUGCAGCGGCGGCAUUCAGACGGAGAUCGGCGACGACAACGGGGCGUGGAGCAGCGGCAGCAGCCGGAAGAGGAACGGGGGCAGCCGCAGCAGCAGCUGGGCCGGCCGUGGCAUAGCUGGCGCCCGUGGCGCCGGCGGCCGGCGCGGCAAGAGGCGCCCGGGACGGCGGCGCAGGGGUUGCAGGAAGCGCGCGCUGAAGACGUGUUGCUCCUAGCACAAACAGCGCAGGAGGAGCAGCAGCAGCAACAGCAACAGCUGCAGCAGUGGGAGGGCCAGGAUGGGCUAGGGGCCGGGCAGCACGUUCUGGCCCCGCCCCUGGCCGCCGCCAACACUGAACAGCCUUCGGCCGCAGACGCGGCCGAGGAUGAGGCGGCUCCCCUGCUGCAGCCGCGAGCCUUGCAGCACCAGGAGCAGCAGCAGCAGCAGCAGCAGCAGGAGCCGCGUUUGCGCCUCCGCGGGCGCCAGCCGGCCGCGCCGGCCGCUGCCCCGCCGCCGCCGCCUCCUGUCGAAUGGUACCAGCAGCGGCCCGCCUACCCUUUGCAGCUCCUCGCCCUCGGCGCCGCGUGGGCCGCGUCUGUCGUCGCCGCGCACUGCGCCCUCUUCGUCCUGCCCGUCGCCGCCGGCCGCGCGCUGUUCUCCGCCGCGGGCCUGCCGGCCGGCAACGACCUGCUCGCCGCGGCGCUCGGCGGCCUCGCGCUGUGGGGCGCCGCGGCCGGCGCCGGCGGCGCGGCGCGCGCGGCGGGGCUGCGUGGGCUGCGGGCGGCCGCACUGGCUGCGGGGAGGUGGGCGGUCGUCGGGGCCAAGGUGGUUGCCCUGGCUGUGCUCUGGCUGGGCGUCGUGGCGACGCUGCUGGGCGUGCUGUUUGAGCUGGUUCUGCUGCCCCUGCGGCUGCCGGCCAACCAGACGGCCCUGCUCUACCUGUACCAAGACUGGACGAUGGGCGUGCUCGCCCUCAAGCUGUGGCACAUGCUCGCAGCCAUCAGGGGCCGCGACGCCGCCAACGGCGGCGGCGCGCGCGGCGGCGGCGGCGGCGGCGCGGCGGCGGCGGACGGCGCCCCCUGGCACGCGCACCUGGAGGCGCUGCAGGCGCAGGGCGUGCGGGACCUCGACUUUGGCCGCGCCCUGCGCCGCGUCGUGCUGCCCGUCCUGUCCGGCCUGCUGACCGCGCUCGCGGUGCCCUUUGUCGUCACGCGCGGCCUGCUGCCGCUGCUCGGCCUGCCGGCGCCCGCGCUGCAGGCCGCGAACCUGUACGGCUACGCCGCGUGCCACGGGGCGUACCUCGUGUAUCUCGCGGGGGCGCGGCUGCGGCGGGCGCUGCGGGAGCUCCACAACGCCAUCCGCGACGACCGCUACCUGCUGGGCCGCCGCCUGAACAACUUUGCCGCGCACGGCGGCGGGGACGCGGGCGGCGUGGGCGUGGGCGAGGGCGGCGGCGGCGCGGCCGGCGCGCAGGAGGAGGGCGCAGGGGCGCGUGUGGACGCCGGGCUGACGCAGGGUGAGGGUGGGGUUGGCGCUGAGGGGGCCGCUGGCCAGGGGGCUGGGGCGGCGCCCGCUGUGGCAGUUGCUGGUGGGUGA